AUGUCCGUUUCUAAAGAUGAAAAUGCUGAAGAAACGGGAAAAGUCCUCAAUAAUUGUGCAUAUGUAGAGCAAGACAAAACUGACCAAUACGCUUUUAACCAAAGCCAUUCACUAGACAAAAAAGUUAUAAAAAGCACUAAGACAACAGAUGGUGUUACAGGAUCAAUGACAGUAGAUGAAAAGAGGAAAGAGGAUGUUUCAAAAGCAUCAAAAGUAGUGAGUUCAAAGACAAAGGAUUUAAAAAACACAUCUGAGAGAGGUACACCAGAAAAAAGUGAACAUUUACAUCCAAAGGAAAGUGAAGAUGAGACGACGAUUAAGAAAUCAAAACAAGCCACCAAGCAGGCAUCAAAAGAUUCUGAUACCAAAAACAUGCCACAAUCGAAGAAACACACACCAAUGUCAAAUGUGAAAAUAAAAAGAUCCGGACAAAAUAUUACGCGCCAGCCGCCAGAAAUUAGUCGCAAAGAUAUAUCCAAAACAAAGACUAAACUAUCAAUGUCCCGUAUAACAGAUGAAAAAUUUAAACCGACUGUUGUGCGAUCAUCGAUAGAUUCUGAUAGCAAGCUUAUAUCUAAAUCAAAGUUCAAAGAUUCAAACGCAAAUUUGAAGAGAGACAACCUAGGAUCAAACACAUCCCUUACAACAACCUUGAAAUGGAAAAAAUCUGAAUCCAUUACUUCGGAAACACCAACAGCUUUCGGUAGCCGAAAUAAGAUUCAAAGAAAGACCCAUGAAUCAAAGUCGUAUACAACGGAAAAUAAAAAUGAAGCAGACAUUAAGAGAUCGUCGUCACCAGCUUUUGUUGACAAAGAAAAGUCCAAAACAAAAACUGACCCAUCAAAGAAUAUAUCAAAAGAAAGUAACUGUUCACCAAGUCUUACACCGAAGAGUAUAAAAGAAAUUGACGAUAAAGAAACACAAAAGAUUCGAGCAAAAGCAAAACUGAAUGAUACUGAACGUACCUCUAUAACUACUCACAAGCAGAAGAUAUCAGUGAUGAAAGAUAAAAGUGUUACACCCAGUUCAGUGUCACAUCUCUUGACUAAUAAGACAAGCGAUGUGGAUACAUCAAAACUGGCGGGUGAAUGUAACACGCAAAAAGCACCUUAUCUGACCACAAGCAGUCCUUCACCUGCACAGUUCCAGCAAAGCAUGUCUAUUUCUAAAUCGCCUGUAACAAAGGAAAAUCAAAUCACUUCAAAAGGAAAUGACACUAUAAAAGUUCCACGAGAUGGAUUAUCGAUUAACUCGAAAAACAAUGAACUUCCUUUAAAAAAACAAAGAUCGAAUACAAGGUUAGAGAAUAGUUCAAUGCAAACAGAAAUCAAAACUUCAAAAGACUUCAAACAGUCGUUUUUACAAAGAAAAGCAUGGGUUAAGAGUGAAACAGAUUUGAAAACAGAAACAACCGUGAAGCGGAAUGAAACAUCUCAGAAGUGUAUGAUCCAUGAAACAAAGACAUAUUUUGAUGAGAACAGUCAAGACAAAUCACCGGAAAGAGACAGAGCCGCUGAAAGCGGACGUAGAGGCAAUGAAGUUCCAAAGACAAAAAAGGAGAAAAUGAAUCUGGAGGAUUUCAAAACAAUCUAA